AUGUGGUGCUCAUUAGGAGAGAAAAGCAGCGGGUACCGUCCGUUCAAACGAAUACGGUUAAAGCGGUUGGCAGAUUCAAGACCCGAACUGGUGUACACAUUUAUUGAGCAAGCUGUGCAGCCCGGUGCCCAAGUUGCGCUUAAGUGCUCAGCAGUGGGAGAACCACCGCCAAGACUGAGGUGGCUCCUGGAUGAUCUACCAAUACCUAGUCACCACGGAGCCACUAUAACAGAGGGCCGGGAGAACAGUCCAGCUGGUAUAGGUACUAGCAGCAUCUACGUACUGUCGACUUUAUCCCUGAGCAGUGCCCGCGUGGAGCAAGGAGGUCGCUACGAAUGUCGUGCGAGCAACGCCCACGGCACUGUCGCUCAUGCUGCAAGACUUAAUGUUUACGGCCCACCUUAUAUUCGGUCUAUGGUACCUGUGAAAGCCGUAGCUGGUUCUGACGUCACAAUCUGGUGUCCUUAUUACGGAUUUCCCAUUGAAUCAGUAAAAUGGGAAGGUGGGGCAGGCAACGACCCACGAUACCAGCAAGCGGACGGCCAGCUCGUCAUCACCAACGUGGAUAAGAACAGAGAUAGAGGAACUUGGACCUGUUCUGUGCUCACACCUGGUGGAGAACUGGCUAAAAGGGAGGUGCUGAUCACUGUUGUGUCGCCACCAGUUCUCUCCCCAGUUGUGUUUCCGCCUGGUCUAAGGGCUGGAGACAGAGCACAACUUACAUGUAGUGUGACGUCAGGCGACAUGCCUGUGUAUUUCUCUUGGCUUAAGGAUCAAAUGCCAAUAUCCAGCAUACUUCAGGUAGAAGAGCGAGGUGCUGAAUUUUAUAGUAUGCUCAUAUUCAAAACAUUGACUGCAGCUCAUAGUGGUGUGUAUACUUGUGUAGUCACCAAUACUGCUGGCAAGGCCAAUACUUCCGCUGAAUUAGCUAUCAAAGUGCCUCCAUUUUGGCAAAUCGAACCCACUGAUGCGUCUGUGCUUCUAAAUGGAUCUCUUACUGUGAGCUGUGAGGCGAGAGGACAUCCUACACCGGCUAUAUACUGGACCAAAUUUUCUGGCAAUACGGAAAGUACAUUAGGUGGAGUUUCAGACCCGGUGGUAUUAACAAAUGGAUCUCUAAGAUUAGACUCUGCGAAAGCCGAACAUUCUGGGAAAUAUCGCUGUAGGGCUGACAACGGCGUGACUCCACCUUUGUCCAAAACUCUCAAUAUACACGUCAAUGAACCUGCAAGAUUUGAAUCCCCAUCGGUGAACGUAACAGCGAAGCUGGGUGACUCUGUCCGACUGGCGUGUGUGGCUAGAGGUGAUAGUCCGUUAAUGAGCAUAUCAGAGACUCGAAGUGCAGAAGGAUUGAGGAGUGAAUUAGUCAUAGAGCGAGCAGAUAGGAGAGAUUCCGGUGUUUACAGAUGCCAAGCAACUAAUCCGUACGGCCGAUCCGAUCACUUUGUACAUCUAGCAGUACAAGAACCACCGGAGCCACCAUCGGGUUUCAGAGUGAAGGAAACUUCUUCACGUUCAGUGGUGUUGCAGUGGCGACGGCCUUACGAUGGGAACUCCCCAGUUCUUGGUUACGUGGUGCAGUAUAGAAAGCAUGAUUCAAAUACAGCGGAUUCUUGGCGGGACGCAUUCACGCAAAACGUGUCUGUUGCGAUGCACCAAGUCGAUGCUUACGCUGAAACUGAAGGUGCUACAAUAUCAGGAUUAGAACCAGCAACAGCUUAUUUAGUCCGUGCGCGUACGUUGACGGCACAAUUUGCGUCUGCCCACACUCGAGCGUUGCUCGCUGUGACGUUACACGAGCCACCAGCGCGCUCACCUCUUAGUCUUCGAGCAUCUGCGCCGAGACCAUCGACUAUUGAACUGGUGUGGCAGGCACCGCCGCCAUCGUCUUGGAACGGCGAGCUAUUAGGAUACACGGUGUGGUGGUGGCCAUCAGCCGAUGGUACACUAGCUGGCGGAUCAACCGUAGGCAUGGAGUUUGCGACUGUACGAGGCCAAGUUACUAAGUACACCAUAGAAAGUUUGGAGCAUUACACACGGGCUGUUUCUCCACAGAGUUUGAAAGUGGAGUGGUCACCGCCGCCCGCCCACGUGCACCGCGGAGCACUGCUCGGGUACAAAUUGCUUUACCGACCAGAAUAUACGGCGGACUGGCUGGAAUGGGAACUGCGAACCGUGGGUGGCACGAAUACGGGCGUUGGCGCAGAGGUCAAGCGGGUAGCGGGCGUCGAAACGCUUCUUCUAGCAUUAAAGCCUCACACCAAUUACACAAUACAAGCGCUAGCGUAUACAGCUGCGGGGGACGGUGUGCCCGCUAACCCUAUACAUUGCACUACACAACAGGAUGCACCUGGUCCUCCGGCAGCUGUUAAAGUAGUUGCCACAUCGGUUACUUCAUUGGCUGUGAGCUGGUUGCCACCGACUAGGCCCAACGGACCUAUUUUGUAUUAUACUGUCUUCUACCGGGAACUUGGAAGAAUAUCCUGGCAAAGAAAUAAAUUCAAUAGGGAUCGACCACCACAAACGACAACUGUUCAACCGGAAGACAGCGACCAAGCAGUUGGUUUAGGCGGAUCUACAGAACUUCGUUCACUAUCUGAAGGUUCUACAUACGAAGCUUGGGUAGCUGCUCACUCAGCUGCAGGAGAAGGGGAGCUUUCUGCGCCACAACCGGCAACCACGACUUCCAGAGCGGGAGCACGGUUACUCUCUUUCGGAGUCUGGGCGAGGGUACAAUGUGGACAUCCGCUUAGACUAGUAUGUGCGUGGCGUGGUGAACCAACCCCUAGAGCGCGGUGGCUUCGCGGAGAUAGACCAGUCACCCAUGACCCCCGUACCCACCUUACACCACAUGGCCAUUUGUCUAUUCAUGAAGUAGAUGGAACAACUAGCGGCAACUAUACGUGUUCAGCGCGCAACGCAUUUGGCUCAGAAGAAGUAACAUACAGAGUGGAAUGUGCGGCGCCACCGUCCGCUCCAACUCUCAACUUAGACCACGCCGCUCAUAAGGAAGCAAGACUUACUUGGAAGACAACGCAUCAUCCUGCUGCUCCGCCACAUGGUUUUACCAUUUGGUGGGUUCGCAUCCGUGACGAUACUGGUGAAGGAGUAGAGCCGGCAAAUCUGCGAGAUGAAGAAAGGAGAUUAGAGGCAGGUGGUGAAGCAGUAAGCGUGGUUUUGAGAGCAUUGGCUUGUGGGGCUACUUACUCGGUGAAAGCUGUAGCACAUUCACGUGCAGGGCCCUCAUCUAUCUCCAUGCCUCUUCUGGUCCGAACAAAACCACCAGAUCGAUAUCUUGGAUUUUACAAAGUAUUCUUAUCGAGUACUUUCUGUCACAGGCAAAAAAAAAAUAUCUUUUGAUUCCUCUACAUUUUUCAAUCAUGCUCUCUGGUUUUUAUGAUUUUUGAUGUCAUCCUCUGAUACCAGAAGCCAUGAAAAUACGCGACCAAUCUAAUCAUUAAAAGUCUCUUAGCUUCCCGACUACAUCCUUUCUUUUUAAGUUAAUAAUAUCUGUAAACAGUGCUAGUGUGGGAGGGGGGAGGAGAACCAGAAAGUUACGAAGAUGGCGCUGAAUCAGCUGUGUGGAGCAACAGUAGUGCGUUAGCUAUAGAUGCUAGACGAGCGGUGCGAUGUGGCGCACGCCUCGUAAGGCUGCAGUGGAGACGAGCGGAUGCUGGUGAACGCCUUCGACGCCCAGUGGCAUUUCAAUCGGAGGGUAGUCCCAGCACCACGGUGAAUGGCAACGCAGACGCUGAAAGGGUUCUGGGCGCUGUGUCACUCGCUUUCGCCGGACUGGCGACUUUAGCUGUCACUGCACUGCUACUAGUACUGAUAGCUAAAAGAAGGUAUGUUGGUCUUAAAGAUAACUAACUAAAAUUAGAAAGGGAGAUAUAAUUUUUGGAAAAUAUCACAUACAUUGCUCCGAUUCCAAAUUAAGCGCUAAGCGCUUAUGUUAUGAAAAUUUGAAACAACGGAAGCCACAGAACAUCGAAACCUGAGACAACACAGUAAAGUUCGUUUUCUACACUUCACUGAACCCGGGAUCUCAGGGGUGACGCCGCUGUGAAACCGGUAUUGUGGCCACGCGGUCUCUAAGACCAUCGGUCACGAAGAUUUAUAUCAAUUUGUUUUUUUUUUUUCAUUAACAAUAAAAAUACGAUUAAUAAGUUAUGUUCGUUUGUAACAUCUAAUCAGAAUUACACACAGUCGGAUGAGGAGACUCGCCGUUGCAGUCACUCCGUAGCCAGCACGGACAAGUCAGUGUGUCCGGAGCAACAGAAUAUUAGAAACUGUCAACAUGAUUAUAAACAUGACAAACUGUCGCCAGCGUCGGGGGGUGGCAGCGGCAGUGCUGGUGGGGGCGGAAGCGGGGGAGGUUUCUCUGAAGUGUAUGCUGGCGACUCCAGCGCCGAGUCCGGCCCUGGUUCUUUAUCGCCGCGAACACAUCACGACCACAGCUAG